CACACCGGUUUUCUCAGGACAUCAUCAUCCACCUCCUCUUAACCUGAGGAGCUGAAUAUCUGAUGUUCCCACGUUUGUCAACUUUAAUGUGACUCUUCUUUAGAAAUGGAGAUUCUUCAUACCUACGGCGUUUGGAUGGCAGAAAGGCUUCAACUGGGGACGAAGAGUUAUGAAAACCUCUGGCUUGUAGUGACACAUCUUGGAGAUCCAAAAGCUGCAUUUCUACUUGUCUUUCCUUUCACGUAUUUCAUCAGCAAACGAGCAGGCAUCGCAGUGCUUUGGGUGGCAGCUAUUUCUGAGUGGCUCAACGUGGUAUUAAAAUGGAUGCUGUUUGGAGAACGGCCAUUUUGGUGGAUUGGUGAAAAUAAUCUCUUACCCAAAGUGCACCAGUUUCCCUCCACCUGUGAGACCGGACCAGGUAGUCCAUCAGGUCAUGCAAUGGUCACAGCUGCAGUCUGGUGGGUCGUGAUUACUGCAGUGGCACGAGUGAUUUACGCUAGGACCAACAGUGUCCUGCUCACAGCUGUCCCUUACCUGCUCUAUGCCGCAUUGCUUGUUGUAGUCGGACUCUCCAGGAUUUACAUUCUGGCUCAUUUUCCUCAUCAGGUUUUUGCUGGAGCCAUUACAGGUUUGAUCCUUGGAGUUGUUCUGGGCCAAAGAGUUCCUGAAGGUCGCCCCCUGCUGUUUUUCUUCAAAAUCAGCUUUGGUCUUCUGCUAAGUGCUGUCCUGAUUCAUUUUGUACUGAAGGAGAUAGGAAUUAACCUCUCCUGGUCUAUUGCUCUGGCUAAGAAGUGGUGCAGCCGCACUGAGUGGAUCAGACUGGACACUGCCCCGUUCUCCUCUGUGACCCGGGACUGUGGGGCUCUGCUGGGUUUCGGACUGGCCCAAAGCUGGAGGCCGGGGGGUUGGUCUCUGCCUUUAGCCCCCCGAGCGUUGUCCUUGGCCUUCUCGUCUAUGGGGCUGUACCAUGUUAACCGCCUGCCGCUGCCAGUCAAACCACAUCUCCUGUUCUAUUGCCUUUUCUUUGUUAAGUUUGUGAUGGUGCCUCUGCUGGUCAUGGUUAUAGUCCCGGGAGCAAUCCACUUUUUCACAAACAAAAGGAAGAGAGAUUAGAUGCAAAAAAAAAAGCAUUAAAUGGUUCUUAUCAGUUCAAGUUGUUUAAGUUGAUGCAGUUUUAAUACUACAAUUGUCUGUGUUUACAUUGAUUUUCAGGCAGUGGGUCUGUUCAGUUUCAUUUCACUCCAUGUGCUGCAUCGUUCAGUCAGGCCCAAUACUGUCAGAUGUUUACUUUCCUCAAUGAAUGUCAUUUGUUUUAAAAACUAUUUUUGCACUACCCAAUGUCUUUAGAUACAGUUUGCACUGUAAAAUGAGUUGCUUUUCCAAGUAGUGACGUUACUGCGAAAACAGCGCCAUCUAUUGUUUGUCAACCGACAGUUCAACGGCUGCACUUAAUACAAAACACUGUAACGCAUUCCAUGAUUUAAGUCGUCUUUUUGAAGAUUAAUGCUGGACAAGUGGUCUUAAUAUGUGUUGGAAAUCUUAUUUUACCAAAUGUGUUCGACCAAAAUAAUUCUAAAAUAUAAAUCUGUAUUUUGUUAUUUAAUAAAUUAAUAACAC